AUGAAUUCUUAUUUACAAAAAACCAAGAUCCAUUUAAAUCAUUUAAAUAAUUCAUUAUCAAGAUUUAAAAUUUAUCAAAUUUUAAAAUUAAGAUUCUUAACAAUUUUAUUAAGUUUAGGAUUUAUAUUUGGGAUUUGGUUAAUUCCUUAUAAUAAAAUUGAUUCAUAUUCAUAUACCCCUUUAAAGCAAGAACAAUCUAAAGAUCAGAAAUCAGAUUUAGAUAUCAAACCUUAUGAUCUUUAUGAUCAAGAUUUUAAAGAUUUUAAUGAAGUUUCCAAUCCAGAUUCAUCAUCAAAUUCAAAAUUUAUAUUUAUAAAUAAUAAAUAUCCAAUUUCAAAAGGUUAUGAAAAUAUAAUAAAAUCCACAGAUCCAGAAAAUUUCAUAAAUUAUUCAAUUGAAAAAAAAUGUGAAUUAUAUUUCAAUGAAUUAUAUAACAAAACACCAAAUUGGUCAUUAGAUGAAUUAGAAAUUGGUUAUCCUUAUAAUGGAUUCAUAUUUGAUACAAAGGAACAAUUUUUCAAAGAUCGUGAAAAUGAUUUUAAACAAUCCCUAGAAGAUAAAGAUUCAAUAUCAGAUGAAGAUUUAAAAAAAUUAAUUGAUGAAAAAAAUUUAAAAUUUAAAUGGGAAUCUCAAUAUAGACAAGCUUAUAAGGAAUCUGAAGAUACUGAGACUUAUAUAACUUCACAAUUAACAAACUUAAGAGUUUUCAGUCAAUGUUAUUUAGAUCCUAAAACUUCACCCCAGGAACAAUUUAAAAUUGAUAAUAUGAAUGGGAAUAUUACAUGUGAUUCAAAUGAAGAAAGAUUAUUUAAAUUCUUAACUAGAAAGUUACCAAUUUAUAAAAGAUGGAAUAAUGAAACUUUACAACAAUUACCAAUUAUAGAAAAUUAUUUAAAUAAUGUUGAGUACAAGACAAAUUUAACAGAGACUCAACUCCCAAAAAAUCAAACUAAAUGCUUCACAAGAUCAUUAAUGAAUUCUUUUAAUGGUCAAGGGAUUGUAAUAUCAGCUGCUGAUAAACAUCUUGAUGAAUUAUCAAGUUUAAUCCUAGUGUUAAGAGCCAUAAAUAAUAAAUUACCAAUUCAAAUCAUUCAUAGAGGUGAUUUAAAUUCAACUUCACAAGAUGCACUUAUUAAUGUUUCAAGAUCCCUAGAUUUGAAUUUAAACAAGAUCAAUUCAUUUAAAUCUUAUAUUCAAUCAAAUUUCCAACAUUUAAGAGAAUUAAAUAUUGAAACUAUUUUCCCUCCACAGGAAAUUUGGUUUGUUGAUACAACUCCUGCUAUAAACCCAAAUGAUCAAAGAUUUAUAACUUAUGGUAAUAAAUUAUUAACUCUACUUUUCAGUUCAUUUGAAGAUACAGUUUUAAUUGAUACAGAUACUGUCCCAUUUGUUGAUAUUAAAGAAUUCAUCCUAGAUUCAAAUGUUUAUCAACAAAAAGGUGCUUUUUUUUUCAAAGAUCGUCAAUUAUAUGAUCAUAUUACAGGUCCUGAAGCUACUUUUUUCAAAAAAUUAUUACCAACAAGAUUAGAUUCUUCAUUUUUCCAAAUUCCUGAAUUAACAAAUUUUACAAUGCAAAAUAGAUUUUUUGGUGAUAUGAAAAAACAUAUUCAAGAAUCAGGUAUGGUUGCUAUAAACAAGAAAAAUCAUAUGAGAUCAACUCUAACUAUUAAUGUAUUACAAAUGUGGCAUGCCGUGACAACGCGAGUUCAUGGUGAUAAAGAAUUAUUUUGGUUAGGUUUUUCCAUUGCAGGUGAUGAAAAUUAUUAUUUAAAUAAACAUGGUGUUGGUGCUGUUGGACAAAUUAAUCCAAAUUCAAAUAGAUUAUUAGGUGAUAAAGAUGAUUCAAGAAGAUCAAAAUUAAAAUCUCAUCAAUUAUGUACAACUCAUCCAGCUCAUUUAUCAGGUUUAGAUGAUCAUACCUUGUUAUGGAUGAAUUCAGGGUUUAUUACAUGUAAACGAGAAAAUGAAGCUUCAAAAGAUAUAACUAUGGACUUAUACAAAAAUGUUUUCGAUAAUGAAGAACAAUUAAAGAAAAAUUAUCAAGGUCCAUUAAAAAUUAGUGCUAUUUUAGUUCCACCACCACAAGAACGUGUUAUUAAUAAUGACCUGGGUGAACCUUCAUCAGGUUGGGAUGUUAUGUUUGGUUGUGGUGGUUAUUUAUAUUGUGCUUAUGAUAAUAUAGGUGGUAGUAAUGAUAGUUAUUAUCAGGGGACUUUAGUUGAAUAUGAUGAUAAUCAACAAUUACUUUAUGAUUAUCUUGGUGAAUUAUGGGUUAAUUAUGAUAAAGUCUUGAAAUAA